GCGCGCCUCACCGCAAAGCAUGCGCCGAUCCAGCCGCUCGUUCCACUAAACCGUAUUCUAGUACAGUCUAAUUUGGGUAAGCCGUCACCUCAAGUUGCUUAUGAUUAUUUGUUUGCAAGCAGAAAUUAAAAGUGUUGUUGUUUGCAAGCAGAAAGGGCAUAGAGAGUUUUAGGUUUCCUUCCUCGAUCAAAGCGCACAAAGUCUGUGCAGUGUGUAUUUGGUGACCGUCGGGCCCGUUGCUUGAACGGAUCAUCAACUACCUCAACCAGCGCCCCCAAAAUAUCUUGCUACAUGAUGCGGUUCAGGCAGGCGGUGUAAACCUUGUAGGAAACUCUAUGGUGUAAACAGACAUGUCCGAGUCCAGUGUGGAGCUGCAAGAAGUGGGUCGUGUGUCUGACCUGUCUGCCCUCUCGCCAAGAGAACGGCGCGAGUGCUGGCCGGUUGCUGUGAUUGCUCCGAAGGCCAGAGAACACGCCUGAGUCGCGGUGUGGGGCAACCGUGAGGAUUGGAGCAGUCGGACAAGCCGAACCCGUUGCAGAGGCGGGCUCGUCACCAGGAGGCAUGGUGACAAACUCGAUGUGCCGACCACUUCAGAGUUCCGUGGAGGAGUGGCCAACAAGUCAGCUAACACAACGGAUCUGCUUGCAGCAGCAAGGAAUGAGCCAGCAGAUGGUCGAGUUGGGCCUGGCAGCCGUGGGUGAAGACCUGCAAGCUGUUGCUGAGGCCUUGCACACCUGUCAAGCAGCCCAUGCACAGGCCGCUGUCACUGCAAGUUAUUCAGCUGCCACUCGAGCCCAGACAUUCCUGCACAUGGCCCAGAUACAGUUGAGCUGCCAGCAGAAGUGUCUAUUGGCUUGGGAGGCCACCCUGCGGAAUAUGACUGCACGAUCCUGCUCAACCUAACAUGCCCAUCGGAGCUGCAGAAUAUUCCCAACCUCUGCAACACAGUAGCUGAAAGAAAUGUCUUGUUUUGCAUAGCUUCUCUUCAGAAAGCAUAAAUGAACAUAUUUAUUGUUGU